AUGGUGAUCCAGGGCAGGUUCAAAUUAGAGCUGGUAACCGCGGAGAAUACGGAUCAUCCAUUCAAGGAGCACAGCCGAAACGGAAAACACUAUGCCGAAGUAGAACCCGAAGCCGAGUACUUUAUCAGGGUGCAAGUUCUGGAAGAAGGUGAAUUCCCCGUGAUUGCCACUUUUGAAGUGGACGGUGUCGAUUUGGGGUAUCAUGGGCGAUUCUUUCAAACUUCCUCUUCCUUAAAGGGUGCUUGGCAGUACAAGAAUGGGACAUCGGCUCAUUCGGCUCUGCGAUUCGAAAAGCCUCGAUUUAGCGCCAAUAAUGAUCCACAACAACCCGCCAAGCCACCGUCGGCCAUGAUGGGGACCGUCUCGGUCUACUUUUACAGAGCCGUCUUUUCCCAUAAACGCAAGAGACCCGAUCACGAUCGCAAAGAAAUCAGCAAUGCUGCGGAAUCAGCCUCCAGUGGAAAGGAAACCAUUCGAUCCGGUCAAGGAUCUACAUUGCGUACCCAAAGCAAUGUGUCCAUAGAAGAGGAUGUCUAUCACAAGGGCGAUCUGCUGGAAACCCUGACGCUGAAUUAUUGUACGGCGGUGGGUCUCGUCAAUGCGGGAGUUCUGUGUGGCUGGGAGCACGCUCGAACGGUGGCGCCAUUUUCGGAACCCACGGAUCCUCAAUUGGCCAAUAUCAAACCCAAAGUUAUUGAACGCGAUGCCGUCGUAGAAGAUGGCGUGACCAUUAAAAAGGCGGAGCGAAUUGAAGUCUACGAUCUGAGUUCUCUUGACGAUUAA